UAUUUUUUUUUUACCUAAACGGACAGUGUUUUGUCUGUUCGCUGUCCGGAGUGUGGUGAAAUAUAUGGAAAAAUAUUUUCCGUUAACACCGUGAGGAAACUAGGGGGACGUUUGUUGGCUGUUGCCUAGUGACGAUUUAAAAUUAAAGAAACGAUGCUUGUGCGCGCGCACGCUCUCGCGUAUAUAUAUAUUUCCAGAGAACGAGCGCAGUUCAAAUCGAGCCGCUCGCGACACUGGACCCAGCGUCAGGUUGUUUAGCUAGCUAAAAAGUUUAGCAUUUCGACACGACGUUUUCCGACACUGUUUUAUUAUUUUGUUUUUCUUUACGUUUUUCCCCUUGCCUUUCUUCUCGGACCACCGAGUUGGUCAAUAAUCUUCGUGAGCCGGCGAUUAAUCUACAUAAUGACUUCAGGAGCCGCAGCUGAGAAGAAACGCAUGCUCUGUCCCCCCUGAAAGUCUGAAGAAAAGGUAAGCAGCAGACAGAGCUGUGAGCGGAGGAAGGCGAGGUGUCGUGAUGCGGCCCGCUGUAGACGGGUGAAGGAGACGGAGGUGUUUAAUCAGCUAGCCAAUCAGCUUCCUCUCCAUCACAGCAUCACAGAGAGCCUUGAUAAAGCCUCGAUCAUCCGUCUCACACUGAGUUACCUGCACCUGCGCUCGGCCCUCAACACAGUGAUGAUGGCCGAGCCGUCUGAGCUGGACACGCAGUGGAGCGCUUCCUGUCUCAAGGCCCUCGACGGCUUCCUCAUGAUUCUUUCUCAGGAUGGAGACGUCGUUUACACAUCAGAAACUGUCAGCAAGUGUUUGGGGAUUUCCCAGAUUGAUCUGUCAGGACAGAGUGUGUUUGAUUUCACUCACCCAUGUGACCAUGAAGAGAUCAGAGAGAUGCUGGUUAACAGAACAGGUUCCUGUAAGAAAUCCAGGAAUGACCAGAGUCGCUUGUUGCGGAUGAAGUGCACUCUGACCAGCAGAGGGCGCACUGUCAACCUCAGAUCUGCUACAUGGAAGGUUCUCCACUGUUCUGGUCACAUCCGUGUGGAGUGCACGCAGAGCAGUACCUAUGAAGAGAACAGUAUGCCGGUGUCAUACCUGGUGCUCAUCUGUGAACCCAUUCCACAUCCAGCUAACAUCGAGGUUCUUCUAGACUCCAGAACAUUCCUGAGCAAACACUCACUGGACAUGCGCUUCUCCUACUGCGAUGAUCGGGUCACACAGUUGUUGGGGUAUGACCCUGAGGACCUCCUUCAACGUUCUGUGUACGAGUUUUAUCAUGUGCUGGACUCGGACAGUCUGAACAAAACACACCACAAUUUGUUUGUAAAGGGCCAGGCGUGUACAGGUCAGUACCGUAUGCUGGUGAAGGGUGGAGGCUUUGUGUGGGUCGAGACACAGGCCACUGUCAUUUACAACAACAAAAACUCUCAACCGCAGUGUGUCAUCUGCCUCAACUACGUCCUCAGCGGUGUUGAAGAACCCGAGCUCGUUUUCUCUCUCCAUCAGUCAGCAAUAAAGCAGGAAAAGGUGGAUGAGUGUGGAGCAGAGAGAAAGAUACAGAGCCAGGAAGCAGUGACUGGGAUAAAUGAGGAGAGGAUAGAGGAGAAGAGGGAGAGAGAAACAGAGCUACAGACAGAUGCUGACCUCACACUGGACUUCACCAACACGGAGACAGAAACGUCAGCGCUCAGAGACGCUCCUCUCUACAAUGACGUCAUGCUGCCCUCCACCAGUGUCCUGUCACCUCUUUCACCACCCACAGAACCACCCUGUGCCGUCUUGCCCCGGCUGGAGGACUUCCCCUUCCAGUCGUCCUCUGCUCUGGUUUCGUCCGGUCGCGGUUCCGCUCAGGUGGUAGAGGAUCUGGAGUUGGAGAUGUUGGCUCCAUACAUCUCCAUGGAUAAUGAUUAUCAGCUCCAUAUGCACACAGAAGGCCCAGAGAAUCUCCAUUCGGUCAAGAAAAACACCAGAGCGCACACAAACGGCAGCGAUACGCAUCACAUAGAACUGCCCGGCGAAGCUCCGUCUUCCACAAGUCGGCCGAGCCAGAAGAGAAAAUUAGAAACUAUUCCUCUGUCUCGUGCCACAGGUGUGGUGGUAGCAGACUCACCUCAGGUCAAAAGGUCAAAGGUCACAAUGCCAGAGGCUCAUCCACCAGCCCCCAUGCCGGAGACUCUGACUAUACUGCUUCUCCCCUCAGAUGUGUUAAACCAGUUAAUGGUAGGAGGAGCCAUCAUUAAGUCCCUCCCACACAUCGCUCGUUAGGAUGUUAACGCACCUGUCUCUGUGUGGGAAAAUCCUGCUGCAGGUGGGGGAGGAGCUUCGGCACACACCAGACUAAAUUACAGCAAAAUUUUUUAUUGCACAUCUGAGAUUUUGUAAUUUGUUUAACUGUAAAUUGAAAACUUUUUAUUUUGUAUAUUUUAUUUUAAGGCAUUGUUGUUUAAGCCAAGGUGGCUCGUUAUCGAUCGUUAUAACGCUCAUGACUCAUUAUUUUCAUUUCAACAUCCAACCCACGCAAAUUUAUACGGUUACAAGAACCGUAUACUUCCUCAUGCGUUAAAUUAUCUUAAAUCAGCAGUUUUUAAGUGUUAAGAAUUUAAGUCUUAAAUUUUAAAUCUGCCACUAACCCCACCUCUAAACCUACCUCAACUUCUUACCUAAGCAUGACUGCCUCUGCAUAGGCAGGAGGCGAUACGCAAAAGCCACGACAUGACACGAGACGUAUCCGAUACAGGCUGCGGGAGACGACGUCGACUUCAACGCUACAGAAAAUUUGAAUGCAUUUGACAAAUCAAUGUGGGAUCAAUACACUGUACUGGAAGAAAAGUAGAUCAGGGUUUACAAUAUAAUGUCUCACUUUACCCUUUUAUUAACAUUUUAAAAAUAUAUUUUCAGUCUCAAAUAUAUUUAAUGGCGAUAUUAAUGUGGAAAGGUUGUUUAAAAGUAGUUUGUGCCUUAAAUGAUCAAAUAACAAAAUUAAUUUCUGCUCACAUCCACUGACCACAACACGCUGUGCUCCUGAACUCUGUUAGAGGUGUGCCAUUACGCUUCCUUUGGAUUCCUUUAACUUCUUAUAAAGUCAGCAUGCCUCCAGACAGAUGUUCUCACUAUGCACCUCCAAGAAGAUAAAUUCUUAUUGCCAGUGAUUUGUAUUGUAAAAUUUUCUCAUGCCUACCUCUAACACUUCCCCACCUCUAUUACUAACAAUAACCCCUCUAACACUUACCCCACCUGUAUUCCUAACAAUAACCCUGCCUCUAAUGCUCACCCUACCUCUGUUCCUAACAACCCCCCCCAAACACUUACCCCACCUCUAUUCCUGUCAUUAACCCCGCCUCCUUCACCCACCCUACCUCUAUUCCUAACAAUAGCCCCGCCUCUAACACUUACCCCUUCUCUAUUCCAAACACUAACCGUGCCUCUAACACUUUCCCCUACCUUUAUUCCUAUCAAUAACUCUGCCUCUAACACUUACCCCACCUCUAAUGCUUACCCCACCUUUGUUCCUAACAAUAACCCCCCCUCUACCACUAACCCAACCGUUAACACUAAUCCUGCCCCUAACUCUAGUCUUUAGUUUUUAAUUUUGGUUAAACUUGUGUCCGUUGUAAUCAUUUACCACACUGUUUAACCUUCUUUAACUUUAAAAAAAAAAAAAGGUAAUAUAUUUUUCCAUGUAUGAGGGCAAAAAAAAUCUCUUGCAACAUGUUUGAAUAUUUUGAUAUGAAGGUGUUUAAUCUUGUGUUCAAAUAAUUCACUAUUUAAUUCAACAAUAAUUCUAACUAACAUUUAAUGUACAUGUUGUUUAAACACCACUCUGCUUCGGACGCACAACUGUACAUACAGAGGAACAAAUGACCAGCAGCUUGUGCAAUAUAAUUUUAUGUAAUUUUUUAAUUCCUGUCAAUCACAAUCUUUCUUUUUUUUUUGCCUCGUUUUGAACCAUAGUGAGUGUGUCUGUACAACAUGUGCAUUUAAAGUGAUUCCUGAUUGUCUGUUAUAUCUGUGUGAUGGAGAUUUAAAUAUGUAUAGCAAAUAUAUCAAAUGUAUAUAAAAUACAUAAUGACGUAUUUUAGAAACAGAAAUGAAAGGUUGGAUAAAAGUGAUAAUUUUAUGCUAACAUAUUUCCUGUAUUUCUGAUGUUGUUUAUGUACACCGAUCAGCCAUAACAUUAUGACUGCCUGCCUAAUAAUGUGUUGGGCCACCUUUUGCUGCCAAAACGGCCCUGACCCAUAAAGGCAUGGACUCCACUAGAUAUCCCUGAAGGUGUGCUGUGGUAUCUGGCACCAAGAUGUUAGCAGCAGAUCCUUUAAUUCCUGUAAGUUGCGAGGUGGGGCCUCCAUGGAUAGGACUUGUUUGUGCAGCACAUCCCACAGAUGCUCGAUUGGAUUGAAUUUGGAGGUCAAGUCAACACCUCAAACUGGUUGUUGUGGUCAUCAAACCAUUCCUGAACCAUUUUGCUUUGUGGCAUGGCACAUUAUCCUGCUGAAAGAGGCCACAGCCAUCAGGGAAUACCGUUUCCAUGAAAGGGUGUACAUGGUCUGCAACAAUGCUUAGGUAGGUGGUACAUGUCAAAGUAACAUCCACAUAGAUGGCAGGACCCAAGGUUUUCCAGCAGAAUACUGACCAAAGCAGGACACUGCCUCCGCCGGCUCGCCUUCUUCCCAUAGUGCAUCCUGGUGCCAUGUGUUCCCCAGGUAAGGGAUCCACGUGAUGUAAAUGAAAACGUGACCAGGCCACCUUCUUCUAUUGCUCUGUGGUCCAGUUCUGAUGCUCACGUGCCCAUUGUUGGUGCUUUUGAUGGUGCACAGGGGUCAGCACAGGCACCCUCACUGGUCUGCAGCGAUGCGGCCCCAUACACAACAAACUGUGAUCCACUGUGUAUUCUGACACUUUUCUAUCAGAACCAGCAUUAACUUCUUCAGCAAUCUGAGCAACAGUAGCUUGUCUGUUGGAUCGGAUCACACGGGCCAACCUUCACUCCCCACAUACAUCAAGGGGCCUUGGCCAUCCAUGACUCUGUCUACAUUUGGCCCUUGUCAAACUCGCUCAAAUCCUUAUGCUUGUCCAUUUUUCCUGCUUCUAACAUCAACUUUGAGGACAAAAUGAUCACUUGCUGGCUGAUGUAUCCCACCCACUAACAGGUGCCAUGAUGAGAUCAUCAAUCUUAUUCACAUCACCGAUCACUGCUCAUAAUGUUAAGCCUGAUCGGUUUAUACACGUGUGUGUGUGUGUGGGCGAGUUUAUAUGUAUGUCUCCACACGCUUAUUAAUGUGUUUGUUAACAUUUCUCCGGGUGUAUUAAUGUAAAGUGGAGAUUCGUGCUCCAUGUGGUAUGAUGAAACUCACAAAUUUGUCACGUUGUUGUCUUUCACUCGAUUUCAGUGUAAAUCAUGAUGUGUUUUGUGGGAAAAUCACCAUGUCUUUCCCUGUCUCUAAAAUGGAAUUAAAGUUGCUGUGGUGUGU